AUGCCGGCAGCGGUUUUCCUGCUAUUUCUUGCUUGCGUGGCGUUUGCCCAUGCUGGGCGUGAGGGAUUUCUGGAUUGCUCAGGUGGUGACAACUCGGAGCACGCCUUGCGGCGUGCCUACAGGCUGAUAGUGAAAGGAAGCCAUCCGGACAAAGGCGGCAGCAAUGAGCAAACGGCUGAGCUCACAUCCCUGCGUGACUCGUUGCUCCGAGAGCCCUUGAAAUUUCAGGUGUUCAGAGCCAUGUUUGAAGUGGGCAGCCUGCAGCCUUUCAAUGCAAAUGCUCGUGCCCAGGUUCAGCUUCAAGAUGACUGGCCCUACUUGCAGGUGGAUGUUGAGUUCGACCAUGAGGGCUUGUUGAUGGAUGGCGGGAGCUGGACUUUUGCUUUCGGUUUGAAGAACGGAAGCACGGUUCACUACCGUGGUGAC